UAACACCCACAAACUAACUGAGCCUUGUGACAGCUCAGUACGUGGAGCGCUUGCUCUUAAACCUGGACUCGCUACUCCGAUAUAAAGCGCCAGUGGACCUGCACCGCGUUUCUAAUGACUCUGUCUUGGAUUUCAAAUGUCAAGUCUUAAAUGUGGUCCAAUUGGAAGCCGCUCUGAAAGACAAGGAAGCGCUCAACUCUGGGACCUCGUUCGCCUGUGACGUGACCGCCGCAGGCGACUUAGCACCGGCUGCGCUUGGUGUCCAGGUGACCUUUGACAAGGCAACGUCAACGGCAUGUCAGAGUCGGUCGGAGAGGCGAAGGCGGAGGUGAAACAGGCAAGCAAGGAGGUGAAGGAGAGCGAGAACGUGGCGGAGAAGUACUCAGCCAUGAGUGUCGGCAGGAACAGCGAGAUGAACAUGGGCGAGUUGUCCUCGGUGUUCAGCACCGCGAUGCCCACUCACAAACCGGUGAAGAAGCAAAUCCAGUUUGUGGAAGACAAGCAGGAGUUCAGUCGGUUUCCCACCAAGACGGGUCGGCGCUCCCUGUCCAGGUCCAUCUCCCAGUCGUCCACAGACAGCUACAGCUCUGCUGCGUCUUACACGGACAGCUCUGACGAUGAGACCUCCCCACGAGACAAAACGCAGGUCAACUCCAAAGGCAGCACCGACUUCUGUGUGAAGAACAUUAAACAGGCCGAGUUUGGCAGACGUGAAAUUGAGAUCGCUGCGCAAGACAUGUCAGCGUUGAUCUCCUUCAGGAAGAGAGCACAGAGUGAGAAACCAUUGGCAGGCGCCAAAAUUGUGGGCUGCACUCACAUCACUGCGCAGACUGCUGUGCUGAUUGAGACUCUGGUUGCCCUCGGAGCUCAGUGUCGCUGGACUGGAUGCAACAUUUACUCCACACAGAAUGAAGUGGCUGCUGCUCUGUCAGAAAUGGGUGUGGCUGUGUUUGCCUGGAAGGGGGAGUCAGAGGACGACUUCUGGUGGUGUAUCGAUCGCUGUGUCAACACUGAAGGCUGGCAGCCCAACAUGAUUCUUGAUGAUGGAGGCGACCUGACUCACUGGAUGUACAAGAAAUACCCAAAUGUCUUCAAAAAAAUCCGAGGCAUCGUGGAGGAGAGCGUCACAGGGGUUCAUAGGCUGUAUCAGCUUUCCAAAGCUGGAAAACUGUGCGUGCCGGCCAUGAACGUGAAUGAUUCAGUGACCAAGCAGAAGUUUGACAACCUGUACUGCUGCAGAGAGUCAAUCCUGGAUGGUCUGAAGAGAACGACAGAUGUCAUGUUUGGAGGCAAGCAAGUGGUCGUAUGUGGCUACGGCGAGGUUGGAAAAGGUUGCUGUGCGGCUCUGAAAGCUCUGGGAUCCAUCGUCUACGUCACUGAGAUUGAUCCCAUUUGUGCCCUGCAAGCCUGCAUGGAUGGCUUCAGGGUGGUCAAGCUGAACGAGGUCAUUCGUCUUGUCGAUGUCAUCAUCACAUGCACCGGGAACAAGAAUGUGGUGAGCAGAGAUCAGCUGGACAGAAUGAAAAACGGCUCCAUUGUCUGCAACAUGGGCCACUCCAACACUGAGAUCGACGUGGCCAGUCUUCGUACCCCCGAACUCACCUGGGAGAGAGUGCGUUCUCAGGUCGAUCACAUUAUUUGGCCCGAUGGCAAGAGAGUGAUCCUCCUGGCUGAGGGACGCCUCCUCAACCUCAGCUGCUCCACAGUCCCCACCUUUGUCCUGUCAAUCACUGCCACCACACAGGCCUUGGCUCUCAUAGAGAUGUACAACGCCCCUGAAGGACGAUAUAAACAGGAUGUUUACCUGUUGCCCAAGAAGAUGGAUGAGUACGUUGCCAGUCUGCACCUGGCUACCUUUGACGCGCACCUGACGGAGCUAACGGACGACCAGGCUAAGUACCUGGGCCUCAACAAAAACGGUCCCUUUAAACCGAACUACUACAGGUAUUAGUCUGCAAGGAUUCGUUGACUGCUAUGCCCCAAAGGAAAUGUGUCUAUGAUUUUAUAUUCUUCACAUGAUGCACCAUUUAUUAACUGCAAUGCUGAGGACACUGUUUUUAACCAGACUUUAACCAGUCACUUGAUUUCUCACACUUCUGAAGCAUCCAUUUAAUAACCUGCUGUAUUUUUAGUUUGUUGUCUUUAAGUCACAUUUGUGCCAAAUAUUUACUCACAGCAGUAACAAAUGAAUAAAUGUAGAAGGGUCACUUGUAAUGCCAAGUUACAGGGAUCGCUUAUCUUGUGUAUUAUAAGGGAAUGGACCAAAUCAGAUCUGUCCGUGAAUUGUGAAGUCAAGGAUUGGACGUUAUAAAAUGGGCUGAAUGUAAAGGACGCCAUUGCUUUUCUCGCUAAUGAGCCAUAUGCUUUUCCUGAGUUCUCUCUCUGAAAACAUUCCAGUCACAUGAUGCAGAGUUAAAUAAAUCUCCCUCACUAUGGGCAUCACACUUUCGAAGAGCUGACCCUGUCAGUGGCAUUAUGAAUUAAUGUUCUGGAACUUAUUUCCAUAUUUGAGAAGUAGUGGGGUAUGGAUUUUAUCACAACAUCCAAUAGCUUUAACUGCUUAAAUGUGAAUAUGUUUUCGUAUUUAUGCACAGUUUGACCCAACUGUAACAAAUCAAUUCUGGUUAUGAGUCUAGAAAUCUCAUAAUCAAGUUGUUACAAUUGAUUGAAUUGUGCAAAUUUUGCUUAUAGAUCUUGCUGUAUCAUUAUAUUAUUUCACAAUAAUAUAUAUGUUUUUAUUUCUUUAAAGAAUCUAUUCUAUGUCAGAUCUUGGGCUGUUCUUUGACUUUGACACUUGUAUUCCGUUGUGUGUUUUAAUUAUUUAGGCAUGAAGUGAAAAUAUUUAUUUGACUAAUUGGUAUUUAGAAAUAUGAGGUGGUAAAAUACUUACCUGAAUAUUCGUAAUUCCCGUACAAAAUAUUAUAAAACGUCUGAUGAACAAGCUCAACAUCAUUCCUGCUGCCAUGCACUCAGAGGUUCAAGUGCUACUAGGGAUUUUCAGGUGACAUCAAGGAUAAGCCACUUCAUAGUUGAUGGUGCCUUGUCACACCAAUGUAUAUUCUGAUGUUUAUAUACAGUCACAGACUAGCUAUGCACCAGUUCAUUUGAUCUAUUUCAGGAAUUUUAGUUGCUGGACAAAUAGCCAUCACUAUUUCAUCAUACUCAAAUAAUAAAUAUACAUCUGUAAUUUAGCGCUUGAUACAUACAACAACAAUCUGUUGAUACAAUAAUGUUUUUACCAAUGUUUAGUCUUCUUCUGAUUCUCACUGAUUUUUUUCAUUAUAAUUUAUUUUUACUCUUAAGGCAAAUAUUUGGAUUUCCAGCCACAUCCCUCAGUGAAAGAUAUUGAGGCGCUACCUGCUUCAUUGCAAUGGAAUAUGUUUAUCACUGUGAUUUGGAACUUAAGUUGCUGGUUUUAGGUUAGAAUUGAGUUUGUCAGACAGCUUCUGUUGCGUACACUGUCACUGUAGCUUGACCGAAAGUGUAU